AUGGACAGCAAUAUGAAAGGUGUUACCGUUCCAUCGGUCAGCCACCGAAGAUCCAAAAAGGAUUUGAACGUGAUGGAGGUCUCCACGGAUGAGGAGGAGUCGGAGGAGCAGGCGGGGGGAGAGCAGCAUGGACCCUCCGAUAAUGUUGCGGUGGAGGUAGAGGCAGAGCAGCCCGGAUCCUCCCAGCCACGGGAUUCCCUUCCCCCAUCUCCAGAAGAGAAGGAGGAUGUCUACACCCCCCACCAGGAGGAUUCUUUUUAUGACUUCACCACAGAAAUCCCCUUCAGCACCAGAAUCCCUUCCACCAACAUCAGCUACAGUAUUGAUAAUUGUUCUGAAGAUGCAGCUUUCCCAUCCUUUACUCUGGUCAUGGAUACAACUGGUUCUAUGGGGUACGAUCUAUAUCAGUUUCAAAAUAUUGCCAGAUAUCUUGCCACUCGUCUAGAAGCCUCAUCUGCAAAUGUGACAAGAAAAUACAUACUGAUGGAAUUUAAUGACCCAAGUGUUGGGCCUCUUUAUGUUACCUGUUCAUCUACUGAGUUUUUCAACAAUCUCUAUAGCCUUUAUCCCCAUGAAGGGGGUGAUUGUCCAGAAUAUGCAAUGUCAGGAUUGCUGACAGCCCUGCAGUACAGCCCAUAUGGUUCCUUUGUCUUGUUGGUGACAGAUGCGUCAGCCAAGGACAGUGAUUACACAGAUACAGUCAACCAGAUAUAUUCUCUGAUAGAUUCUUUGCAAGUUAAGAAAGAUAGUCCUACACUUGCCACACUAGUGUUAACUGAACGUGUUGCACAAGUCUUCUUUUUUGCUGGAUCUUGUUUCGGUACAGAUCAGCCUGACUACAAGAUCUAUAAAGAUAUUGCAUACCACAGUUAUGGCCUUGUGUUUCCCAUUAACUAUCUAAGCUCUAAAGCUGCAGACCUGGUCAAUUUCUUUCUAAAAAUUCCAGUGAACAGUACCACGCGCCUGUUUUCUGUGGAUAACGACAACACAAUUUACAAUGCUACCUUCUCAGUGCCAGCAGGUCUUAAUUCACUGAUCAUAUCAAUAUCAGGUUCAACCUCCUCAUUCACUCUUUAUGAUCCAUCUGUAACUGUUGAUUGGGGUGAAACAUUCAACUCAUCUGCAUUUUGUGCAACGUGUGAUAGCAAUGCAAGUUGUAGAAAAGAUUUACUCGACUACACCUGUGUGUGUAAUGAAGGCUUCAGUGGAGACGGAUUUUCUUGUUACGAUAUCGAUGAAUGCAGCUCUUACGGAUAUUAUUCAAGCGGCAAAUGCGGCAGUCAUGGUUACUGUGUCAACACAUACGGCUCAUACUACUGUAACUGUUACACAGGCUACACUUGGGAUAAUGCAACUUGUGUUGAUGUGGAUGAGUGUUCUUCACCCUCGCUGAACAACUGCGACCCAGCAGCAACAUGUGUCAACUACUAUGGAUCCUAUUCCUGCUAUUGCCCCGAAGGAUAUUAUGGAAAUGGAUAUAAAUGUGAGGUCGAUGAAUGUACAAGGGAUGUUUGUGGAUUUGGUAGAGAAUGUACCAAAUUCACCGGGUACCAUAACUGCACUGAUCCAUGCUUUACCUAUACCACCCUGAAUGACCCCACCAGGAGCACAUCAUAUUAUGAUUACUAUUAUUACUAUUACUACUAUUAUGGACGUUCUGACUAUUACCUAAGCGGUUGGUAUCGAUUUGUAGGUAGUGGCGGAGACCGCUUGGCAGAUUUUUGUCCCUCUGUGGGUAGUUGUUACACCAGAUAUCCCAUGUGGAUGAAUGGAACACAUCCAGAUCCCUCAGAUGGAAUCGUGAAUCGUACAGUUUGCGCUAACUAUUAUGGUUAUUGCUGCUAUUGGACAUCAGACGUGAAGAUCAAGGCUUGUCCUGGGGGAUUUUAUGUGUAUAAAUUCAGCACGCCCCCUGAGUACUAUUCUGGAUAUUGCACAGAUCCAUCCACUGUUUCUGACUCUUGUGCCUGUGGUGAAAAUGAAGAAUGUAGAAAAGUUGGUGAUCAUUAUCGCUGCUACUGCAAAGAUGAGGACCUAACCAUAAAUGACAUUAGUCCGGUGAUUUCAUGCAGUAGUCAGGAAAUGAAAGCUUCCUUCAAUAAAUGUGCUCUGGAAAAAUUCAGUCUGAACACCACAAACAUACAUCUCAAAGACAGCUACUGCACAGGAUUUAAUGAUUUCAACUUGACAAACCUCAUUUCUGUAGUAUCUGUCUUGAAGACCGGAAUCUGUGGAAAUGAGCUGGAGAACAACGGCACACAUGCCAUCUAUAUGAACACCCUUUACCUAUCCAAAAAUACAGGAGAAUCCUUAGGUGCAGACGAUCAACUUACAUUUGAUUUUGCUUGUGUAUAUCCAUUAGACAUCGAAGUGUCCCUGGACACAGCUCUCAAGCCCUUUAAAAACUCAACUAUAAUUGUCCCAGGGAAUCUAGAGGUAACUAUGGCUCUCUACACUGACUCGACCUACACAUCACCCUAUCAAGGAUCUGCAGUUAUACUGACAUCCCAAACCAAUCUGUUUGUUGGAAUUCUCCUGAAGCUAGCAGAUGUUUCUCAAUAUUAUGUGCUAAUAAAGAAUUGCUAUGCUACACCUUCAUUGAACUCCACAAUAAAAUAUGACAUCAUUAAGGACAGCUGCCCCAGCAAGCAAGACUCUAGCAUUAAUGUGAUAGAAAAUGGAGGGUCUUUGCAUGGACGAUUUUCUGUUAAGCUUUUUGGAUACGUAAAGGAUUCGGAUGUUGUGUAUCUGCAAUGCGACAUCCAUCUUUGUAACAGCGCCUGCGCACCGGUGAUAUUAUCUACGUCAUUGGAGAAUGACUUGGACAAGGAAUCUCCAAAUAUUAAAAACUGGAGAUUCACCACUUUUGAGUCACCAAUAUUUAAUGCCGGGGAUUCCUUGUACAUGUGGAGGAGCUUCUUGAUAUCAGGGAAGAGAAGUAUGGAUCUGAAGGGCAGUGUUUUUAGUGUAUGUGGCAAUACUUCCUGCUCCAACUUCCCGGCCUCUACAUUCAACAUCUCUGGACGCAGAUAA